AUACCAUCAAUCACACUAGCUUGCUUCCGUAAACAUGAAGUUACACACUUUCAUCAUCGUCUCCUUCACUUUGUUGCUAGGUAUCUCGGCAGAACAAUGCGGUAGACAAGCCGGUGGCGCCACCUGCCCGAACGGUCUAUGUUGUAGCGAAUACGGGUGGUGUGGCACGACCCCCGACUACUGUGCUACCGGUUGCCAAAGCCAAUGUACUCCUUCAGGUGGUGGUGGCUCACCAACUACUCCCUCAUCACCAACCCCAAGUGGCGGUGGCAGUGAUGUUGCCGGAAUCAUUACCUCCUCUCUUUUUGAUGAAAUGCUCAAGCAUCGCAACGAUCCACAGUGCAAAGGCAACGGUUUCUACAGUUAUGAUGCUUUCAUUACUGCUGCUGGAUCAUUCCCUGCGUUUGGCACCACUGGAGAUGAUGUAACGAAAAAGAAGGAGCUCGCUGCUUUCUUAGCUCAAACCUCUCAUGAGACCACUGGUGGAUCGGGAUGGGCGGGUGCACCAGAUGGUCCUUAUGCAUGGGGUUAUUGCUUUGUCAAUGAAAUCACCCAAGAUGUGCGUUGUACAUCCCCAGAAUAUCCAUGUGCUCCUGGCAAGAAGUACUAUGGUCGAGGACCCAUUCAACUCACCCACAAUUACAACUAUGCUCAAGCGGGGGCAGCAAUCAAAGAGGAUCUGAUAAACAAUCCGGACCUGGUGGCCACAGACCCAGUUGUAGCAUUCAAGACAGCAAUAUGGUUCUGGAUGACUCCACAAUCAAACAAACCAUCAAGUCACGAUGUCAUUACCGGUCGUUGGAACCCGUCUGCCGCGGAUAUAUCGGCAGGUCGGGUUCCUGGAUAUGGUGUGAUCACCAAUAUUAUCAACGGUGGAAUCGAAUGUGGGCAUGGUCCAGAUGACAAGGUGGUGGAUAGGAUCGGGUUCUAUAGGAGGUACUCGGACAUAUUGGGAGUGAGCCCGGGAGACAACUUAGAUUGCAAUAACCAAGUACCUUUUGCGCCUAAUGCGUGAUGGUUAUAACUUCUAGAGAUUAUUGUACUUUACCAAAUAUUUAGCUUGGUACUUUGUAAUAAAGAUGCAUCAUAUUAGUGAUGCAACUUAAUGUAAUAAGAAAUUGAGUGUUUCAUUUAUAAACAGAUAAAAUUUGUGUUUUUGUUUGAUAAAAUCUGUGUACUAAAAUUUUGUGUUAUCUCAAAUUUGUGAUUAAAUUUUAU